AUGUUUGCUGCGGAACACUGCAUGAUGGAUGCCUUGGACGCUGGCAGGAAGCGUCUACGGGAUGACGACGACGCCAACACCACCGCGACAGGUUUCUCCGAGCAUCGCAACAAACGUCUUCAAGCGUUACCUCUUCGCACAUCUCCCACAUCCAGUCAUCAGUGGCCCCCUUCAACCGGCAUCACACCACUCAAUGCUGGCGCGAGCGAGGGCAUUCCACAACCACAUCUCGCUCCUCGAUCGCCGCCGCCAUCGACAAUCGAUUCGCAAGCGCACGAUGUCGACAUGGAGAUGGCCGAUUGUGGGUCGCCUACGCCGAACCACGCGCGUGUCAGCCAUGGGGCCCUCGAUCUUCUCGAUCGAAACGUCAAUCGAAUGCCGACACCCAUUCAACCAAGUUUCAUCGCUCAAGUUAGAAGCCAGCAAAGCGAAUGGGCUGCGUCUGGUGCAGCUAUGAAUGGUGUGGUGAAUAUGGGGCACCAUCAGACCGGCUUCUCUGAUUGCCAGAGCAUCCCUCGUGCGAUGGCUGGUGAAGGGGAUUGGGGCGCGGUACCUCUAAACAGGCGCCUUCCUUCGCCUAUAUCAGAGGCAGGGGAUUUUUCACAGAGCCAAGUUGCCACGUCAAUGGCAGUCGAUGACGAGAGCCCGACCAGAGCAGCGUCGUCUGUCCCCGCGCGGACAUCACCCUUACACGCCAUGAACCAUCCCAACGCCAUGGAUAUGGAAUCCCACCAUUGUGAAGGAGACGCAGCCUCGCCUUCGCCUGGCCGCAAAGGUCAUGUGCGAAGUAAACACACUAUCAACUCUUGGACGUGGCAGCCAGGCAUGAAGAAAAGCUUCAGUAUAGGAUACCGGUCCGACUGCGAAAAGUGCAGGCUCAAGGUCCCAGGCCACUUCAACCAUAUUGUCAUCUCCUAG